AUGUCCACCUACGAAGUCGAACACAAUACAACAGACCCAGGCACAGCCACGCCCUCAACCCACCGCCGCCGGCCCGACCUCUCCACAUUCUUCGCGGCCCUCUCCGAAAUAAGCCCCGACGAAGCCCGCACAAGAGAACAUGCCGUCCCCGUCCCGCGCGACGUGAGCGCAGCCUUCUACUCCCUCGCCGAAGCCUUCGACCUGAUGCGCCGCGAUGGCGAGCACAGUGUACCCACCGGCGAAGGUGACAAUGACCUCCUGACGCAGAUGAUUCAGAGCUUGCUGAGCUCGGCCGAAACGCCCCCGCGGGAGGUCGAGGGUGUUAGUGAGGAGUUUUGUGAUGUUCUGGACCGUGUGCCUAAGGCGUCAUUGAAGCCGUCGCAGAGUUGUCCGAUUUGCGGAAAUGCGUUUUUGGAGGACCAGUAUCCGCUUGUUGUGCGAUUGCCGUGUCAUCCGACGCAUCUUUUUGAUUUGGAGUGUGUGCGGCCGUGGUUGAGGUUGAGGGGGACGUGUCCGCUGGAUCGGACGGAUUUUGCGAAGCAGGAGAGGGAGAAAGCUGAAGCUAGGAGAAAGAAGCCGGUUGAGGAUGAUGAGGAAGAGUGGGAUGGUAUGUAUGGCUAG